UUCGUGCCACCUGACCCGAGAUUAAUUUAUUAUUAGCGCCAAGUGUGGUUCUUCCUGGUUAGGAGCACGCUCAUGGACGUGAAUGAAGUCAAGUGUGUUUUGGUAAAGAAUAACAGCAAUGUUGCAUUCAAAAUUUUUACUUUUUUCGAUUCAGAAGCCCACAACUAACAGGAAACUCAAACUCAUUAAAUGGCUACAAAGCAAAAAGUUACUAGCAAGGAGAGUAAAGUGCUCAAGAUGUGGCCAUAAUAUGAGAAUGAAGAGAGCUACAUCUCGAAAUCUCGACGGUUUUCAUUGGAUGUGCAGACAUAAAAGUCAUCGAGGCAAGAAAACCAGCCGAUCAGUGCGAGUCGGGUCUCUCUUCGAGAGAUCAAAACUCAGCUUGUCAUCUUGGCUAAUAUUCAUUUACAGGUUUGCUCAGGGAUUGCGGAUUAGACAAAUUGAUAUGAUGCAAGAUGGCAUUGCAAAAAGUUCCAGAACCCUCUCUAAGAUGGCUCGUAUCAUGAGGAAAGUUUGCCACUGUGCUAUAAAACGAUACAGACGAAGACAUGGACAAAUGAUUGGAAGUGCUCGAGAAUUUGCUGUUCUUGAUGAAAGUAACUUCCGUCAUAAACGAAAGUAUGGACGAGGGAGAGCAUCAACAACAUGGAGGCGAAAAAAAUGGGUCUUUGGCAUGCUAGGUGUGAGGGAUAAAUGCAGACACCCAAUCUUGCGGCUUGUGAAAAGAAGAUCAAGACCUCACCUAAUCCCCAUAGUUGUAAAACAUGUGCGUCCAGGCACUACCAUUAUUUCAGAUGAGUGGAGAGCCUACCGGGGGGCUUUGGCCAAUAUGGGCUACAAACAUUUUACAGUGAACCAUUCCCAGUGGUUUGUAGACCCACACAGUGGAGCUCAUUCACAACACCUUGAAAGAGCUUGGUUGACAUACAAAACAAGUGUAUGGAGACUAAGGGGGAACAGGACAGAGAAAAUGCUAAAAGAGCACCUCUCUCUCAUAGAGUGGACUCAUUGGCUUGGUGAAAAAAAUAAACGGGGGCCACUUGGGCGCCUAAUAAAAGAUAUUCACCAUCAAUUUCCUGUUUAGAGGACAACACACUGAACUUUUGAUUGUGUUUUAUGUAAUAUUUAAGUAAAAUACAAGUUAACUUGUCCUCUUGAUUUAAGGUGCACUGAUAUUUAAAAGCUUUGUUUAAUAAAAUGUGUAUUUUACCUUUUUAAUUUCUGUGCUUUAAGUGCUGGGUAAUAUUUAUCUUGAAAUAAUCAUCUUGAAUAUACUGUUGCAAAAUAAGAGUCACCUUUGUAGAUGUUAAUUGAGAUUAUUUAGAUAAUGACUUCACAUUACGUAAUCAUUAACAACUCAUAAACUAACAUGAAUUCAUGACUUGUUGAUGUAUCAUUAUGUCAUGACUUUACUUGGGGGGGCACAUUAUUACUAACUCAUCAUUUAUUACUCAUAAAGUAACAUUAAUUCAUGACUUGUUGAUGUAUCAUUAUGUCAUGACUUUACUUGGGGGGGCACAUUAUUACUAACUCAUGAUUAAUUACUUAUAAAGUAACAUUAAUUCAUGACUUGUUGAUGUAUCAUUAUGUCAUGACUUUACUUGGGGGGGCACAUUAUUACUAACUCAUGAUUAAUUACUUAUAAAGUAACAUUAAUUCAUGACUUGUUGAUGUAUCAUUAUGUCAUGACUUUACUUGGGGGGGCACAUUAUUACUAACUCAUCAUUUAUUACUCAUAAAGUAACAUUAAUUCAUGACUUGUUGAUGUAUCAUUAUGUCAUGACUUUACUUGGGGGGGCACAUUAUUACUAACUCAUCAU